AUGCAGAGUAUGAUGGGAGAUAAGUUUUUCCUAGUACCAGCAAAUGAUCCCUAUACAGGUGGUAAUCCCGCUAUCAAUACACCCGUUAUAUUUACUGUUUGGCUACAUCAUAAAUAUCAAGAAGUGAUGGCUGGAAAUGCAGAAUUAGCUUUACAGUCAUUGAUACAAGAAAAUUUAACUUGA